AUGGCGGAUCUCAGCUAUGGCGAUGCCGCCUAUUGGGACCAGCGUUACUCCACGAAAGGCAGCCCUGAUGAGUGGCUCUUGCACUGGACCUCCAUCUCCCAAGUCUUUGAGAAGUACUGCGGCGAGCACAGGACUCAAUGGAAGUUUCUUCACGCUGGAUGUGGCAACAGUGCUUUAACCUUCGAGAUGUAUCGAGCUGGAUAUCGUCAGAUCACCAGUAUCGACAACUCCGCCACGGUCAUCCAGCAAAUGCAGGAGGCGCACGGUGAGGAUGGCCUGGAGUGGUUCUGCAUGGAUGUCGGUGAGAUGAGCCUCGCGGAGCAGAGCUUCGAUGUGGUCAUCGAAAAAGGCCUUCUGGACUGCUUGGCAUGCAUGGAGGAUGCGCACUUGGCCACCGCGAAGUGCAUGAAGGAGGUCAUCCGCAUCUUAAAGUUCGAUGGCUUCUUCUUUUGCAUCAGCUUCAAUCAUCAAAGGGCACCCAGCCUCACCUCGGCGCCCUACCAUUUCCGCCUUUGUGAACUUCAGCGCACGGCCGCGCUCGGCGCGGAGUACUACGUGUGCCGUGGAUCGAUUCGGUUCCGCGGUCCGCCGGAACCGGGCCGAUGGCGCCGUGGGCCUGGCACAAAGGGCCGGGGGGUCGAACUGGUGUUGGUUGAUUUCGUGGGUUUUGGGGUGACAUCACCGCAAAGAACGAUUGGUUGGGUGGUGGACAUCGCGAACCGGGAGAAGUCCCAGCCUGGCGUUGUUUGUUUUAGGGUUGGUUUCUCGCAGUUGUUGGAAGGUGAUCUCGAGUGUGUUGUGUGUGAGGUGUGUAUGAUUGUGUAUGUCCAGUGCGGCACAUCCAUCUUCGAGUGGGAGUGGGAGUGUGUAUUUUUGGAGUACUUGCAUCGACUCCAUGGCAUGAUUAAUGCGUAA